CCCCACGUGUGUUCUGCACGAGAAUAAAUAGCACACACGAGCGAGCACACACAGCCGAAAGCACUUCAGCCUGAUAAGACACCAAAGUGCUGAAUUUCAGCGGUUUCCUGCAUCAACACUUCGUGCAGGGAGAUUUAAUUCGCGGGUGAUUGACUUGAUGAUAUAAUUCGAAAUGUCUGGAUGACCUUCUUCAUCGGAAGCGCUGGGAAUGACAAUGUCUCCAGUUUUUCCAGUUUUACUUCAGGCAGCUGGAAGCCGCAAACCAUAAAGCGACUCGGCCGAAUGCCUUAAAUAUUAUUGUCAUCAUUUGUCAUGAUGGACUGUCUAUCACGCAAUGCGUACUGGCCUCUUAUUCGCUUUCUGCUGCCGUUAGCCAUUACUAAUAUAGCCAUCGACUUCGGAGAACAGGCACUAAACAGGGGCAUCGCUUCUGUGAAAGAGGACAGGGUUGAGAUGUUGGCCAGCUAUGGUCUGGCAUACUCGCUUAUGAAGUUCUUCACUGGACCCAUGAGCGACUUCAAAAAUGUGGGACUCGUGUUUGUCAACAGUAAGAAGGAGAGAACCAAGGCGGUCCUCUGUAUGGUUGUGGCUGGGGUCAUUGCCAUCAGCCUCCACAUCCUAAUAGCUUACACAGAUCUGGGCUACUACAUCAUAAAUAAGCUCCACCAUGUGGAUGAUUCAGUUGGAAACAAGACGAGAAAGGCAUUCCUGUACCUCGCAGUAUUUCCAUUAUUAGAUGCAAUGGCAUGGAUUCAUGCUGGAAUCCUCCUGAAGCACAAGCACAGCCUGCUAGUGGGAUCUGCCUCCAUCUCUGAUGUUGUUGCACAGAUAAUAUUUGUGGCGAUUCUUCUCCAGAGUAACCUGGAAUGUUUAGAGCCUCUUCUUAUUCCCAUUCUGUCUCUGUACAUGGGAGCUUUGGUGCGGUUCACUAUUGUGGGACUGGGCUACUACUGUAACGUCCAUGACAACAUUCCUGAAUCAAGUAGCCUCGAACUGGGGGGCGAUGUCACCGUAAGGAAGAUGCUUAGUUUCUGGUGGCCGCUUGCCCUCAUUUUGGCCACUCAGCGCAUCAGCAGGCCCAUUGUCAAUCUGUUUGUCUCUCGGGACCUCAAAGGCAGCGCCGCAUCAACUGAAGCGGUAGCAGUACUCACAGCAACAUAUCCAGUUGGUCAUAUGCCCUACGGAUGGUUAACAGAACUGCGUGCCAUCUAUCCAGCUUUCGAUAAGAAUAACCCUACUAAUAAGUUAGCCAGUGGUCUGACGGUCACCAAAUCACAUAUCCAGAGAUUCACGCUUUGCUCUUUUCUCCUCUCCUUGACGAUGUGUUUCAUUGUAUUCUGGACCCCUCAUGUUUCUGAACGCAUCCUGGUAGAUGUCAUUGGGGUGGAUAUGGCCUUCGCACAGCUCUGCAUCAUUCCACUGAGAGUCUUUUCCUUCUUCCCUGUGCCUGUUACAGUUCGAGCUCAUCUGACGGGCUGGUUAAUGACGUUGAAGAGAACUUGUGUUCUGGCACCUAGUUCAGUUCUGCGCAUCGCUGUGCUCAUCACCAGCCUUCUAGUGCUGCCUUACAUGGGAGUGCAUGGUGCCACACUGGGAGUGGGGUCUUUAUUAGCAGGAUUCGUGGGGGAGUCCACCAUGGUCGCAGUGGCUGCCUGUUGUGUACACCGAAAACAGAAGAAAACCCCAGAAGCAGAAAUGGUUGUGGAGGACAACUCUUCCCCGAUGAAUGAAGUCACCUCCAGGACAGAGUUAGAUGUCAUUGAAGAGGCUGAGAAUGAGCAGAUGGAAACAGAAGAUGAAUGAAUUUAGGCAUGGAAAGAAAAACAAGGGUGGAAGAUACGUUUUCCUUUCAUUUGCUGUACAAUGUUUUGGAUUUUUGACGAUGAGAGUCUAACUAGUACUAGUACUAGUACUUUAUCAUUAUAUUAUUAUAAUUUUUUUAAUUUCUACAAUCGCUCCAUUACCCCAGUGGGACUGUCAGAUUGAUCGAUGCUUGUUUGGGGUAGGAUGAGCAGAUUUGCAUGUCUACAUAAAAUGCACUCCUGGACUUUUUGCACCGAGGCAUAUUUACGCAGAUGUCUUCUGGCACACAAAGUUCAUGUUCUGCAGCCUGUUAACAUUUUUGCCAAAAUAGACCCUUACAAUCAGAAAAAAAUCUUUGGAGAAAGAAUGCAUCAAGAACGGGCUUGGAAGAUGUUUUAAUGACUGUACUGUUAUCUGACCUAUUUACCCUGGGAAAUACGGUCUGUUUCCUCUUGCCUUGAGACGCACAAUGAAUAGUUACACUUUGAGUGUAUUAUAACUUGUUCAAGAGGAAUUUAUUUUACUGACUUGGGGCACAGACUAGAUUUGAUUGUAUAUGUCAGUUGCUUUAUUUUUGUAUUCACUGCACAAAUUCAGGUUUUGUAUACUUGGCAAAUGCCAUUAUGGAGACAUUUAAGUCUGAAGAUAACUUCUAUAUAAAAGACUAUUUAUUUGAGCUUUUGUGAAUGCAUGAAGAGAUAAUUUCUGAUUAGAUUUGAUCUGAUCCAAUAUUUUGUGCUGGGACCACAUUAUAGAAUCGUUUUUUUUUUCCAGAUCUUUGAAAUUAAUGGUACGCUUCACUUUCAAUGUGUUUUGCAAAUUACUAAAUGGAAUGUAGUUUUGGCAGUUUUUAGGUCCUGUUUAGGUGCUUAUGUUACUCUGUGAUUGUGGUCUAACUGAAUGUCAGCACAUACAAAUAAACCAAGCACAUAUGAAUGCAUUAUGGCUAUUAAACAAAUGUUGUGCUAAGCAGUUCUUUUUCGCAUUUCUUGUGUUUUGUGCAUAUAAAAGUGAGAGGCUGAAUAGAGUCAUAGAAUAAUUUAUUCAUAUUUCUUCAAAAGAUUUUGUCUUCCAGUUCUUGAAAAAUUAGAAUUAUACAUAAUACUGUAUAACGUAUGUUUGGCAAUAAAGUUAGUCAGUGUUAAUCUGUCAGUCACAAAUACAAAAAUUCAGAUGAGCAACAAAAGAAAAUACCACCAAAAUAAAAAGUAUUGCUAAAGUACUUUUGCUUCACUCCACAAUGAGCUAAAUAUUAAGCCAUUUUGAACUCUUCUUGGCAUCUAUAUCACCAGUUGUCUGCUAACGUGAUUUAUGCACAUUAUUGUUACAUGUGAACAUAACAUGAGGGCAACAUUAGUUAUCUGACUUCUAGAGUCUAAGUGCUCUAAUUUUAAAACUGACAAUAUUGUGUGUAGAGCCUCAUUUAAAUAUUAUGGCAAAAAAAAAAAUCUAAACCAGUACAGGAAACUUUUCCAUUUCUAUGUAACAAUAUUUAGAAAAAUGACCCGACAUAUCUGACUGUAUUUUGUAAAAAAAUAAAUAAAUGCUUCAGUCAGUGCCCAUGGCUAUUUUCUAGAUGUUUUAUAUUUUGAAAACAUAAAUCUGAAGUACAGUGAGUAGACCACUAUCUCAUUUCCCGUACUAUACCCACAAUACAUUCUUUUGAAUGAAAAAUUCUCUAAAUUAUUGUUGUAAACGCUUUAGUAUUUUUUUUUUUUACAUUGACAAUGUAAAUCAACACAAUUUCCAACAGUGCAUAAUACAAAAAAUAACAGGAUUAAAGUAAAGGCAGUAAGGGUUGUUUUUUUUUCCCCUUUCUGAACCAGUGUUAAUCAUCACAGCAUUUCCUGACAGUCUGAUGUUAGCUCUUUGAUUCAUUUAGGGGAAAAACCUGAGCACUUCUGUUUGCAAUUUGAUCUUGCUGUAAAUUCCCUUCAUCUUUUUAUUCACGGGAUGACCUACAGAUCAUUAUCAAAAAAUGAUGCCAAACAUCAUGCCACUUUGUAGAUCAGAUUUGUUCUCUGAGGUCUCUUGUUAGGUCAUCGUGAUAUCUUCUCUGUGCUGGUGUUGAACGCUCCUCCUGACAGGGACAUUGUAAUGGCGAUCGUCCUCUGUGACGAUACACACGCAGGGCCACUCCUGCUUGUGGUCGUCUGGGUAAUGUGUCACAAAUUAGUCCGUGUCAGUCAUAUAUAGUCGGAAGGCUUGAAUGGUGUGCUUUAAGGCAUAGCCCAACAGAAACAUCU